UCUUUAGAAAGAUUUGCUUUUCUUUUCUCUGAAAUUACUGUGUAAAGUUGGAUUGAAAUGUCUUUCAAGUAUCUAAUUUGUUUGGAUUUUGAAGCAACGUGCUGGUCAUACGAUUGGAAGGAAAACGCGGAAAUAAUUGAAUUCGGUGCAAUCCUUUUAAACGUGAACAGUGGCACAAUCGAAGACCGUUUCCAUCAUUAUGUGCGACCGAUUCGUUAUCCGCAACUCAGCGAAUAUUGCAUUAAUUUGACUGGCAUUACGCAGUCCAUGGUCGAUUGCCAACCAACAUUCUCAACCAUUUAUUCGUAUUUCAUUGACUGGCUACGAAUGCUACAAAAUACAAAGGGGUUGCAAUUCACCUCAUCGGCAAGAGCACGCAUUUCUGAUGGUCCAAACACGACAUUCUGCUCGUGGUCAAAUUGGGAUUUAAGUUUCUACUUUCGCAACGACUGUGCACGCAAUCACAUCAUUUGCCAGCCACUUUUCAAAGCGUGGAUUGAUGUUCGUCAACUGUUUAAUCAAAUAUAUAUGGCAUUCAUCAAUAGAAAUUUGAGAUUUUCGUAUGCAUUGGAAAUCGCCAGCAUUCGUACCGUUGGCAGCCCACACUCGGCAAUAAGUGAUGCAAUCAAUUUGGCAAAAUUGGCGAUGCAUUUGAUCAACAGAGGCGUUAGAUUUAACGCAAUUACUAAUUAUUACUAGAAAUGGGAGAACAUGAUAUGAAGAAUAAUUGAAUCAAAAUUAUAUUCUGUUAUUUUG